AUGGCUGAUUUGGCUCUCCGCACUCGGGAUCAGCCUGAUAUUCGGGCGCGGAUCAGCACCCACGAGGAGCAUACCAAUGAUAUCAAAGAACUCCUGAUCGCCGACCAGACACAGAAAGCUCUACGGUCCAAACAAUCGUGGACUCCUCCAGAUGCACUGGGAUCUUUGCAUCGGGCAGUGUUACGCAAAACGAGAACCCUUCCUUAUCCUUAUCGCCCGGGCCAUUUCCACGAUAUCCCCGCCUCAGAUCCUUUGCCCUGUCCGCUAAAUCGGUCAAACAGCCUCAACUCCCUGUCAACCAUACAACGGGAGACAGAAGCUGCUUCAUUAAGUUUAUACAGAGGGUCACCUAUCUCUGCAAUCAGCCCUCCGUGUGCCCCGCCGUCAGCGCCAUCAUGGACGCCGGACAUCGAUUCCGAGCUUCAAGAUCCGUGCCCACCUCGACCCCCGCUAAGGGUAGAAACUCUCAGUCAGCAACGCAAAUACCAGAAGCGUUUGAGGAAGCAUAUGAAAAAGGAGGAGAAAGAACUGCGCAAGGCACAAAAAGAGGAGGACCAAUUGCGCCGCGCGGCACUGGCUGCUGAAGUUGCUGCGUCCCGGAGGUGGGCGACGACCAGAGGAGACUCGAUCCCACUCCGCACGAAGAGCACGAGGAGCAUAGCCUCACAAGUAGUCAAGAGUUUCAGCCUGAAGACUCCGUUGAACAAACUCAGUCGACAUGUUCGGAGAGAUAGAGCGGAUCCGCCCUCACUGGACGACUUCGACAGCAAACAGGAGUUCCGAGACUAUCUCAAUCCUUCUCCUUCACCCCCUCCAUCCGCCGAAAUUGCUGAGCUUCCGGCCGAAUUGCCGCAAUAUACGCCGUUUCAAGACUCGACGAGGACCCAGAAGAACGAACCUGUUGUCCUGUUAGAAGACGCUCACGCAUUGAAAGAAAAGGACAAGCUAUCACCUACCGAGAACGACGACGCAAGAGCGAACGUUGCUCCUACGACUCCAAGGUCCAUGCGGUGCGACUCAUGUCAGAGCCCCAUUCGUCUGCACCAGAUCUACUACCACUGCUCGAUUUGCGACAAUGGCGACCGCAUUCUGUGUUCCUCAUGUGAUCAGGCCGGCUGGAGCUGUCGCCAUAACCUUACGGAAAGGGUGCGGAGUGUUUCUCGUCCAACGGCCCCUCACAAAGUGGACGUCGCCAACGUGAGUAGCGAACAGUCUCGCUCAGAAGUACAGCAAUACGCCACAGCCAUGUGGGGGUUGAAUCUGUCGGAUUUCCCUUCCCACCACAACCGGUGGACCGAAUCGCCCACCCAGGCAACGAUUUCGGCAGACAGUCCAUGGGCAUACAACGAUAUUCUAGAACAGAAGAUAUCACAUGAAGCUCAACAACGGAGCAUGCACCAAUCCCAGAGAUCUAUGGAUGCGCAAGAGCUUGAUUUCCGUCGACGUGAACAAGAUAUGGCAUUCCGGGAAAAGGAGCUUACCUUGCGAGAACGAGAGGCCGCUGUGCGAGAGCAGCAGGCCUUGCUCAGAGAACAGGAGGCCGCUCUUCACGUGAAACAGCAGAUGUUCACUCUCAAUAUGCAAUCAGCAAUUGCAAGACAAAUGUCGGAACUGUCCGCCGGACUCGGUGCACAGUUCCAAGAUCUGUCACAGAACAAAAAUAUAAGAACGCAUGCCACCAAACGCAAAGCGGGCACCGGAUCCGUGAUGGUUUCACCGUCCAAUUCCACUGGCUCGAAUCAUAAGUCCUCGCCAAAACGUACGCCAAGCAGCGGCGGACAGGACCCCGAUGAAGACGACGAGGAUACUGCAGGAGGAACGCCGAAGAAGAUCAAACAAGACCCCGAUUCGAUGCCAGAGAAACUAUUCGCCUGUCCUUUCUCUAGAUUUGACAAAUCGAGGUAUUCGGAACAGAAUUCGCACGAGAAGCAUUAUCGAGGCUGCUCAAGUGGAUACUGGCCUGACAUCUCGCGACUCAAGCAGCAUCUCUAUCGGGUCCAUUGGCGCCGCAUCCACUGCAUGCGGUGCUAUACGAAGUUUGACCGCAAGGACCAACUAGACCAACAUAUCCGAGGGACAGCACCCUGUGCACUUGUCGAGUGCCCGUUCCCAGAGAAGUUUGACGAGGCACAGUACAACGAGAUUCGGCGUAAACGACCGGCCAGCACUCCUGAGAAGGUUUGGUACACAAUCUACGGCAUCCUGUUUCCGGGACUACCACAGCCAACAAGCCCAUACGCCGACAACACGGGUGAAUCUUCGGCACAAAGUCCAGGGCCGGCGGAAACCCAGGACACAAUGGAUGUUCUAGGGGAAGUCUUUGAAUCUCGCCUGGAUCAGCUCACAAAUGUCCCUGGUCAGGGGUGGCUUCAGUCAGCGGAGGCGCGACAACUCAUCCGUGAGCAGCUGAGAGCCUCCAUGACCGAAGUACUCCAGAGGUUGAGGCCUGUCAACAGUCCUUCUUUAGGGAAUCCGUCUGUUGAAGUGUCGCCCUGUUCGGCCCAACCGCCGGGUUCAGCUCGACGUAGCUCAAUCUCCCUGACACCGGUGUCUUCCAUUCCUCCUUCACCCAUCCAUGGGCCUGGUUCCGCAAGCAGGACAGGGGUUGAGUCACACUUGCUUCUACCAGGUCAUCGCCAAAGCUUCAGUCGCCCUUUCCCGGCUAGGACUGCACCCAAGCUCAAUACCCCAGAACCUGCUCAGGAGGUUCUGACCGUGGCAGAGUCGCCCGCUGGAGUGACCUUCCCCAUUCCUUUGGCUGUUGAUCCAGAGAAUGACCGGUAUGACGACGAAUGCAACAGCUGGAGCCAUGGAGACGAGCUCGGUCUGGCUAUAUCGACGGACACAGUGUCACCUGACUUCGACUUUGAUUUCGCCUCAGCCUUUAAGGAGCUCAACAACAUGCAGGGAACAGCAGUAGCUCCGUCAGUCACAGAAUUCAAUCCGGUCAAGCUUUCCAGCUUGAAUGAUUCCACUGAGGGAACAUUGACAGGAGCUUCUGAGCUGAAGCCGAAGCACUCCACAACCUCCUCGGUCGAUUCGGGCUAUGGUAGUCUUGGUCACGCCUCGUCAUCGGCAUCAGCGUCCUCUUCGACGUCUACAUCUGGGACACGGCCCAAAGCUAAACCAACAUCAAAAGUGGGCAAAAAUAGGGGUAAGCGAAAAGGACCGGAACUCCCGAAAGAAGCGAGUCCAGUACCGGAAUCGGCAAUCAACUUUGAGGCUCUUAAUAUCCCAUUCCAGGACUUCUCGGGUGCCAAUCUAGACCUGGACUUGGAAGACUCUGUGGGUGGGUUAGCCUUUGGCACCAGGUUGGGCGAUGAGAACUUGGGUACACUGGAUCCGUCUGCUAGCCUGGACACGAGGUAUUACCGCGAUUUUUGA